GAUAUCGACUUUUUUUUUUCCCAAAAACGAAUGGGAGGCCAUAAUCGAGACGGCGCCGUGCGGCCAAACCGAGCUCCGCAGCGAAGAGGAGUGUGGGGUUGAGGAAGUCGGAAGUCCGAAGGCAUGGCAGCGGCGGCGGCGAGGCAGACGGUGUGCGUCACCGGCGCCGGGGGGUUCAUGGCCUCGUCGCACGUCGAGCUGCUCCUCUCCCGGGGGAACUACGCGGUCCGCGGCACCGUGCGGGAUCCAGGUGAUGCCAAGAAUGAUCAUCUCAGGGCGCUACAAGGUGCCGAGGAGAGGUUGCAGCUGCUCAAGGCUGAUCUGUUGGACUAUGACAGUGUAGCUUCAGCGGUUGCCGGCUGUGAGGGCGUCUUCCAUGUCGCCAGCCCUGUACCCUCGGGCCGAUCCACCAACCCUGAGGUAGAGGUCAUAGCUCCUGCUGUAACAGGCACACUUAAUGUGUUGAAGGCCUGCCAUGAGGCAAAAGUUAAGCGAGUUGUCAUGGUGUCUUCCAUUGCUGCCGUGUUCAGUAAUCCUAACUGGCCAAAGGAUAAGGCUUUCACUGAAGACAGUUGGUCAGAUGAGGAAUUAUGCAGAAAGAAUCAGGAUUGGUAUUACCUUUCGAAAACGGUGGCAGAGCGUGAGGCUUUUGCUUAUGCAGCAAAAACUGGGCUGGACAUUGUAACUAUUUGCCCAUCAUUGGUGAUUGGACCCUUAAUGCAAUCUACAGUAAACGCGAGUAGUAAAGUUCUCAUUAACUAUUUCAAAGGAGAUCGUGACACUGUCGAAAAUAGACUCCGGAAUGUAGUGGAUGUUCGUGAUGUUGCCAAUGCUCUCCUUUUGGCGUAUGAAAAUCCAGCAUCCGGACGAUACAUCUGCAGCUCAGCUCCAAUAAGAGUCUCUGAUAUGAUAAACAUUUUAAAGACCUUAUAUCCAACUUAUACUUAUCCCAAAAACUUUGUGGAUGUGGAAGAGAACACCAUAUACAGUUUUGAGAAACUUCAGAAGCUUGGCUGGAGUUUCAGGCCUAUUGAGGAAACCCUCCGGGACAGCGUGGAAUCCUACAAAGCAUUUGGCAUCCUUGAUUGAGGAUCCAAACUGUGAGAACUUCAGUGUCUGUUAAACUCUCCAUGAUUCAUGUAAUCUGUGUUGAGAUCAACCGGGUCAAUAAAGAAUCGUUAUUAAAACCACCAGUGCAUUUCCGUAAAAACAAAACAAAACAAAAACAAAAACCACAAGUGUAUCGGUGUAUCCUGAUUCCUGAAUCUUGUCCAUUGAGCAAUGCAGAUAUAUAUAGUUGACA